AUAUUUAAUUGAUCAUCCAUAUUAUUGGCAUAAAUAUUGAUAUCUCGAUAUGAAAGUCUUAUCAGUGUUCUGAUAACACAUUUGUCGGCUAGUUGAUGCCGUUUUAUAACAUACGUGGUCUAUUAUUCGAACGUAACAGAUUCAAUUAAAAUGGACGUUGGAGUAGUGAAAAUAGCUGAAGAUAAAGAUUUCGAACGGUUAAAAAAGCUAUAUGAUGAUAAUAAUGAUUGGAAGUUGGAUUAUAACAAGCCAGACCUGUCAGUAUGGACGAAAUUCGUUCCGGGAAUCACUUUUAAAAUGAUCAAGAUAAGAACAAGAUUUCCUGAUGUCCAGCCAGAAACUUUAUAUGAUGUGUUACAUGAUCCAGAAUAUAGAAAAGUGUGGGAUACUCAUAUGAUUGAAUCUAAAGAUAUUGGUUUUUUUAAUCCUAAUAAUGAUAGUUAUUAUUCUAUGUCAUGUACAUCACCAUUAAAAAAUCGUGACUUUGUUCUUCAAAGAUCUUGGCUAGAUACCGGUCGAGAGCAAUUAAUCAUCAAUCAUUCAGUUUACCAUAAGGACUAUCCGCCUAAAAAACCAUUUGUUCGAGCAACUUCUUAUCUUACUGGUUACAUUGUAAGACCUUCAAGGAAUGGAGAUGGAUCUGAGCUAGGAUAUGUAUCUCACACGGAUCCUCAUGGAAAAUUACCUGGCUGGCUUGUUAAUAAAAUAACACAAAUCUACGCACCAAAGAUGGUUAAAAAAUUACAUAAAGCAUCUAUAGCUUAUCCAGCGUGGAAAGAAAACCACAGUCCUAAUUUUAAACCUUGGCAUUAUCCUGAACAAAUAAUGUCACCAAGAAUACGCAUAGAAGACUGCAUUAAAUCAGUAGAAGAAAAAAACAUGAAGAAUACUUACGUUGAUGAGUCAGACGUAAAAGAUCAUUUGGGUACUUAAAAAUAUUGCAUUUACCUGUUUUCAACUGUGAUGUAUCCAGUGCUAAUCAUUAAGAAUAAGUGGCCUAAUUGUUAUUAUUUUAUUAUUAACUUUCAAUUGUAUAACUAAUGAUAUGUACAAUAAUAUUAAUACGGACGCUUUUAAUGAUGCAUAGAUAAAUAAGUAUACAUCAAAUAUCAAUGAAUAAUGAAAUUAUUUUGAAAAAAAUUAACAAUUGAAUGAUAAUGAUAGAUAGAAGCGAUUGUCAAAUGUUACUUGUCGGACUUUUAAACUUUUUUAAAUAAUUUACUAUAGAAUCGAUUUUAUAUCGGUUUAUUUGUUUUUUAUAAAUAAAAAUAUUAUCUUUUCAUUUCUGACUUCCAUGUUUGAUUAUAAAAAAAUGAAAACAAAUAUAUCCAAGUGUUCUGAAAUAGGAGAAAGUGAAGAAAUGACGCCAUGUUAUCGUUUUAACGCACAAUUAUUUACUUAACCUGUUUUUAAAUAAAUUAUGCAUAGAAAAAUUCUUAUAGAGAAAAUAACUGUUUUAAUGAAUUUCUUAAUAUUGGAUUGAACUGCAUAGUAAAAAAUACUGAAUCUAGGAAAUUUUUGUAAAUAAUUAAGGAUAAUUUUUUUUUGAUAAUCUCUAUUGUAAAAAAACACUAAAUAUCUUAUUAAUUAAAAAAUGUCUUCUUCCAGCUUUUUUUAUCGUUCCGGUAGUAAACACUAAUUUUUACAAUAAAUUUUAUCGUAAUUUUAUUCUUUACAAGUGUUAUCGUAAAUAAAUACAUUUUAAAUAAUUAAAAAGAAUGUGUCUUAAAUUGCACUCUUUUAUUGAUCUAAAUUCGUAAUAAAAAAAUAGCAAAGGGCGUAAUUACCUGAUGAAUGGCGGCACUUCUUUUUUCAUUUCUUAUAAAAUGCACCCUAAAUAUCAAAAAUAUCAAUUACUGAUAAUUUUAUGGCUAAAUUGCAGUAAACCAAGUUGAAAAAAGUAUUAAUCUAUUCAAUGAACUCUUUUAUAUGCGCAGUAUUAUAAUACUAUUGCUAA